UCCUCCCCUCACCCACCAGACAGCGUACUCUUUCUUGCUUGCACACAGCCCGCAAAAAGGCAAGCAAACUAUUCGAAAUGGUCUUUGCAGCCCGCACCUCCGUGCUCCGCGCCGCGCGCGCCCAAUUCGCCCCUUCCCGGUCCUUCGUCUUCAACCAGUCUGCGCUCGCCCGCCUCCUCUCCACCCUCGCGGUCCUCGAACAGCGCGAUGGCAAGCUCCAGAGCUCAUCCGUGUCGGCUAUCGCCGCGGCCCUGAAAUUGGGCGGGCCCGUUACGGCGUUUGUGGCAGGUGCUGGUGUGAAGGCUACCUCGGCGGCUGAGGCGGCUAAGUACAAGGGUGUCGAGAAGGUUGUUGCGGUUGAGAACGAGGCGUAUGAGAAGGGUCUCCCGGAGAACUACGCCCCGCUCCUCGUCGAAAAUAUCAAGAAGGGCGAAUACACACAUAUCAUCGCCGGCCACUCUGCCUUCGGCAAGAGUCUGCUCCCACGCGUUGCUGCACUCUUGGACGUUCAGCAAGUCUCGGAUAUUACCGCCAUCGAGAGUGAAGAUACAUUCGUCCGCCCCAUCUAUGCGGGCAACGCAAUUCUAACCGUGCAGUCGACCGACCCCAUCAAAGUCAUCACAGUGCGCGGCACCGCCUUCCAAGAUGCCGAAGCCACUGGCGGCAACGCCUCCAUAACAGACGGAACGGACCCCAACGCCCCCGCCCAAACCGAAUGGGUCUCCGAAGAGCUCUCGAAGUCCGAACGCCCCGACCUAGCAACAGCCCCCCGCGUCGUCUCUGGCGGCCGUGGCCUCAAAUCAAAGGAGGAAUUCGACCGCAUCAUGAUCCCUCUUGCUGAUUCCCUCGGUGCUGCAAUUGGUGCUUCCCGUGCGGCCGUGGACUCUGGGUUCGCGGAUAAUAGUCUGCAGGUUGGACAGACGGGAAAGAAUGUUGCGCCGCAGCUGUACCUGAGCGUGGGAAUCAGUGGGGCGAUUCAGCACUUGGCCGGUAUGAAGGAUAGUAAGGUCAUUGCGGCAAUCAACAAGGAUGCGGAUGCGCCGAUCUUCCAGGUUGCCGAUGUUGGACUCGUCGGGGAUUUGUUUGAGAAAGUGCCCGAGUUGACAGAGAAGGUUAAGAAUGCUUAACUUUGACGGGUUCAGGAAUCACUGGGAGUUUUGAUUGACAUCGUUAAUGAGCUUGAUUUGAUUUGAUUUGAUUUGUAUACAUACCAUGCUUUCAACGGCCUACCGGUCGGACAUAUCUAGACCAGGGUAAAUUUAUGAUCC